CUCAAUAACUAGGACUAUCUUUUCAUUUUGAAAUAUAUUUCGACUUGAUUAACCUAUAAGAAAGAUUGGCGACAUAUUUUUCAGACAUUCUUUCCACUUUGCACACAUGCUUCCAAGCAGAAAGGACUUACAGCUCCAUCUCAAUUAACUGCAAUACAACUUCAGGCAUGAACGCAGAGGACAUUUUCUAUGUAGAAAUCAGGGACAAUGAAAAUUUGCUGGUGCAAAAUUUCACAACCAAAGAAUCAGAGUUUGAAGUAAAGAAUUUGAGGCGAAAUUCUAUUUAUUCAGUGCAAGUCUUCCUCAUAAAUAAUGCAAGAAAAAGUAAACCCCUCAUACUUGAUGUGCUGACUUCCCCUGGUACAAAGAGCAAUGCCACAAAUGGUAGCAAUUGGUCUUUCGAGUACAGUCCCAUAGUAUAUUUAUCAUCUGCCGUUGCUUGUGCUUUUGCUUUGGUGUUGUUAGUUACAGCAUGUGCUAUCAAAUUCUUUUUAAUAAGAAGAAGAAAAUUAAUGAACCAGCAAGGAAAUGAAAAAUCCGCCCAUAAUUCAGAGAAAUCUGGUGAUUCCUGCUCAGAAGGGUUUCCAUGUAACGGAAGAGAAGACGAAAAAUUAAGAGAAAACAUACCAGAUGUCGUUGUUUUUAGCGAGAAAUUAAAAUCCGAAGACUCUGGAUUAAGAAAAUAUUUUUCUUCAAGCAGUUGCUCAUAUUCAAAUCAUGUGACACUUCCAUCUAAUCAAGAUAUGUUUCCACAAGCAAAAAUGAAAAAUUUUGAAACAAUCCCCCCUUGGUCAACUGCUGAUUGGGUGAUUCCCACGCAGCCUGUAGAAAUGGUGACUCUGCAGUUCCACAACACUCCGACGAUAAGCACUGCAGAAGGUGCUACAACUCCCUGCAGUGAGCAACAUGUGCCUUCACAGACAUUAUCUACUAUUUCUGAAACAAAGGCAGCGCUUACUUCUUCCAGUACAUUUUCAUCACAGCCCUCAACAACUUUUGCAAAGCAAACGGAUGUUUGACAUUAAAAUGUUGCAAUACAAACCGUGACAUAUUUUAAAUUGUGCGUUCUGAAAAUUCGUUGUAAACUCUUAAUUAUUUCUAUCAUUUCUAUUAUGUUUUUUUUUUAUGAAUAAUUUUAUAAAUAAUGCAAGUGUAUAGUUCUGUAUUGUACUUAAAGUUCAUCUUAUAUUGCAACUCUGUAAUAUCACCCUGCAAUAUCGUAUUCAUUUUAAAGUUAAAAAUGAGUACCUGCUAGCAUCGAAUUUAAAAACAUCCCAAUAAGUAAUUAUCAAUUUACCCAACAGAAAUAGCCUGCUUUUAAAAACUAAACUGUUAUUGAUUAAAUGAAAUAGUAUAAGAUUGGAACGAAUCAGUGUAGGCUCCAUGUUGAUUAUCAACAUUGACUGAAUUAAAUUACCAGAGCUACAUAAGAGAAUCUAAAAAUAAUUUACAGUAAAAUAAACUAAUUUUCACGAAAAAAAUUACAACUUUAACUUAAGAUGAUGUAUUUAGAUUAAAAAGUUACGGUAGAAAAUAGAAAAGUUAAAUGAAUGACUACAGAUAAACUGAGUAUUUCAAAACAUGAACCCUGCUCUACCAAGUAACUCGGUAAAUCCUUAAUUAUCCUGGCAAUCUGAAUGGUUAAGAAUUUGAAAAAAUACUUGGAGAAAACUGAGUCGUAACAUCAUAAUUCAUUGACAUUAAUAACUAACCAACUUUUUUUUUCUUUACAAUUUACUAUAAAAUUAGAUUAUUGUGUGAAUAAUACACUAAAUAAUGACUACGUAAAAUUAAAUAUAACUUAUAUAACAUUAAUUUAUUAUUAUGCUUUGAUAACAAUGAGCAUUUAUCAAUAAUUUAUCAUUUAAUUUCUGAUAUUUAUUUUACAGGCUCAACAGUAAUUCUAACUGAUAUCAACGAAAUGAAAUAUAUUUGACAGUGUAAAUAUAUAUAUAAAUGAAGAUAUACGGAAACAGUGGAAAUGACAGCAGUGAAUGUAGUUCACAUUAUAAAAGGAAUGUCACACACAAAGUUCUAUUGACAUUUUUUUUAUUAUUAAUAAUAAAUUUAUUAUGAAUAUUUAAUCAAAUAUAAAUGAAAUCAAUUUAUUUUAUUUAUAUUUCAUUAUUUUAUUUUGAAAAUCUUAUUGAUGUAAGUAAUGAAGUGAUAUUGGUGAUAAAUAUUAAUACUGAAUGUUGCUUAAUGGUAUAUUUUUUCUUGCUCCAAACAAUUCUAACAAAAUAAAAACUAUCAUCAUUUAUGCAUGCUCUAAAUAUAAUUCUUACAAGUAUGCAAGUGUCCUUCUUAUGCAGUAUAUUAUUUUUAAACAUUAGAAAAUUAUUGUCAUCCAUGCGUGUUAUUUUCCUAGUCAUGUGUGUAAACAAUAUCAUUUGAAUAUUGUGUAUAAAAGCAAAUGAAUUUUAUUUUUGCAUAUUUAAAAUACAUUUUAUUUCGGCUUUCAGAAUAAAAUGAAUUUCAAU